AUGGCACAUCACAGAAGGACAGUCUUCUUUAUAUGUCUAAUAUGGGCAUUUCUCAUACAUGCAGUUAUCUCUGAUGUCUGCUCUACCCUGGCCAACCUCACCACCAUUGAUAUGAGCUACCCUCUAUCGUUGUCAUAUGCAACCGAGCAGUCCACUUACUGGUCGACAUCCUGCUCUCUUCUCAAGCCUUCUUGCAUCAUACUCCCGCAAACAACCGAAGAAGUCAUCACUGUUGUCUCUGCCCUACGUGCCCACAAAGAACCCUUUGCCAUCAAGUCUGGUGGUCACAACCCUAAUAAUAACUUCGCUUCCGUUGACGGGGGUCCCCUUAUAUCUACGAAGAAUCUUAAUAGAAAGAUUCUCCUGGACCCGAAGUCACGGACAGCACGCGUUGGUCCGGGUAACCGGUGGGACGACGUUGCCAAGGCGCUCGACGGGACCGGCCUCUCCGCCGUGGGCGGGCGGAUCGGCGACGUCGGAGUGGGCGGGUUCUUGCUGGGCGGCGGCCUGAGCUUCAUGAGCACCGAGCACGGCUGGGCUGCCAACUCGGUGCUCGAGUACGAGCUUGUGCUCGCCAACGCCUCGGCCGUCACCGUGACAGCAGACUCACACCCGGACCUCUUCCUCUCGCUUAAGGGCGGCGGCAAUGCCCUCGGCAUCGUGACCUCGUUCCUACUCCAGGUUUACCCGCAGGAGGAGAAAAUCUGGGGCGGCACGUACACUUUUGACGCCACGCCGGCGACGGCGACAAAGCUGCUGGCCGCGGUACGGGACUUCACUACCGACUACCCCGACCCCAAGGCGGGGAUCAUCCUGACGCGGGAGACGACCGCCAUCGGCACGGUGCAGAUCUGGAUCCUGUUCGUGUACUACAACGGCCGCGAGCCGCCGGCAGGUGUCUUUGACAAGUUUACGGCUGUCGGCCCGCUGCUCAGCACUUGCAAGACACAGAGCAUGGCGUCUCUACUCACGGCCAACAACUUUGCCAACGUCAAGGGCAACGCCUUCACGAUUGGCACGGAGACAAUCCCCCUGCCGAGGGGCGAUGAAGACGCCGGCCUACGGCUGCUGGAGGAGGUGCUGGACAACUGGCAGAACGUCACGAGCGGUGUUCUGGGCGUCACGGGCUUGAUCUCCAGCAUCGCCUUCCAGCCUAUCCCGAGGGCGAUGACGCAAAUUGCAAGAGCUAAAGGUGGCGAUCUAUACGACCUCGACGAUGACACGGACCGCAUCGUCCUGGAGAACAACUAUGCAUACACUCUCCCGGUGGACAGAAAUACCAUUGACUCCGCGAUGCAGAGAACCUACCAGGGGGUCCGAGAGCUGGUCGAACGUGGCACGCAGGCAGGCAUCUUGACCGAGAGGUACCUGCCUCUUUUCAUGAACGACGGGUAUUACAGGCAGGACUAUUUUGGGAGGCUGAGACCAGAGAUGGCACAACUGGCGAGAAGGGUCAGGGAUGGGGUGGACCCGGAGGGCUUGUGGAAGGACCGCACUGGCGGGUUCAAGCUGUGA